UUUUCACAUUCAAACGUUAGAUAAAUUCACUUUCAAGAAGGAAAGAUAUAUAUAGGCCAUGCAUGAUUUUUGAAAAAUCAUUUUCGAUCUUUAAAGGAUAAAUACGAUACACGGAAAUUAUAUUUAUAGAAUUUAAUUUUUUUAAAUAGAGAUUGUAUUUAAUUAUUAUGAUGGGAAGUAAAUGAUCUACGGCUACCUAAAUGGCUUUCUGGCCAAAGACAAUGGCUGCAGUGAACGGAGGUUUGCGAACAAACGGCUCGGAGAGAGUCCCACGACCGUUUGUGAUCGGUGUUGCUGGUGGAACAGCAUCGGGAAAGUCAACAGUAUGUGAGAGGAUUAUGAAGGAGCUGGGUCAGGCGGAAGUUGACAGUCGACAAAGACAGGUCGUCAUCAUUAGCCAAGACUCAUUCUAUAAAAUUCUCAAUGACCGCGAGAGGGAGCUUGCUUCAAAAGGACAAUUCAACUUUGAUCAUCCAGAGGCAUAUGAUUUCAACUUCAUGAUGGAGACCAUGCAGAAAGUGGUCAGUGGGAAAACAGUGGAUAUUCCACAGUACGAUUACAUCACCAACUCCAGGAGGAGUGGUAACCAUGCUGUUUAUCCCGCAGAUGUGGUUUUGUUUGAGGGAAUUCUCGUAUUCUACUUCCCGGAACUCCGGAACAUGUUCCAUAUGAAGCUAUUCGUGGACACUGAUCCAGACACUCGCCUGAGCAGAAGAGUGUUACGUGAUACGAAGGAACGAGGACGAGACUUGGACCAGAUACUAACCCAGUACACGACACUCGUAAAACCUGCAUUUGAGGAGUUCUGCUUACCGACAAAAAAGUAUGCGGACGUGAUCAUUCCCCGGGGAGCAGACAACAUAGUCGCCAUUGACCUGAUUGUUCAGCAUAUACAAGAACUUCUUAGACCGACAUCUCGUGAUACUACCCGAAGGUUACGGCACAACUCAGAUUCAUAUGUCGGCAGACCUCAUUAGACAGAGGAUGAACGAGGCUGACAUCUCGCGAUACUCAUAGGCCAACGGUUACAGCAUAAUUCAGACUCUUAAAAAUGCGUUGGCAGACCUCAUUAAGAUAAAAAAGGAGGACAAUUUAUGGAACAUGUUGCGGUAUACAAUCAUGAUAUAGAUUUCAUUGUGCUUAGUGCGCUAAAUAACUUUUAAGGUAUUUUACCACAAUAACAAACUUAAAAUGUUGAUGCCUAAUAGAGUGCUUAAUUACGUGAUAUUAAAAUUAAAAGAAAAAGUAGGAAAAUAAGUUUAGUAUGAACUGAUUGGGGUCAAUUUUCAAAUAACCUCAUAAUGCAGUAGGGGUACGUAUAGGCUCAUUAUCUUUUUCCUACUGAUAAUAAAUCUUGUUUGAAUGGACAUAAACAUAUUGUUCAUGGAGAGUAUAACCAAAGAACCCCCAUGUAGGGAGGUUCUGGAAAUUUGAUAUGGUCUAUCUAUCUACGUUUGACUGAAUUUCUGUAUAUGUAAAUCUUCUUAUGUUUGAAAUGAGAUUUAAUUUUAUAGCUUUCAAAUUACAAUAAUUAUUUAUUACAUUAUCACAGUUGGCAUCAAAAUUUCCAUUUAACAUCUUGAUGGCUAAUUUGACAAUAAAAUAAGUAACUUCAUUUUGAGUGAAAUACCUUACUUACAUCGUGAUGGCUAAUUUGACCAUACAAUAACAAUUAAAAUCAUUAUAGGUGAAAUACCUUACUUACAUCUUGAUGGCUAAUUUGACCAUACAUUAACUAGUUUCAUUAUGAGUGAAAUACCUUACUUACAUCUUGAUGGCUAAUUUGACCAUACAAUAACAAUUAAAUUCAUUAAAGGUGAAUGACCUUACUUACAUCUUGAUGGCUAAUUUGACCAUACAAUAACAAUUAAAUUCAUUAUAGGUGAAUGACCUUACUUACAUCUUGAUGGCUAAUUUGACCAUACAAUAACAAUUAAAAUCAUUAUAGGUGAAAUACCUUACUUACAUCUUGAUGGCUAAUUUGACCAUACAAUAACAAUUAAAAUCAUUAUAGGUGAAAUACCUUACUUACAUCGUGAUGGCUAAUUUGACCAUACAAUAACAAUUAAAUUCAUUAUAGGUGAAUGACCUUACUUACAUCUUGAUGGCUAAUUUGACCAUACAAUAACAAUUAAAUUUAUUAUAGGUGAAUGACCUUAUUUACAUCUUGAUGGCUGAUUUGACCAUACAAUAACAAUUAAAUUCAUUAUAGGUGAAAGACCUUACUUACAUCUUGAUGGCUAAUUUGACCAUACAUUAACUAGUUUCAUUAUGAGUGAAAUACCUUACUUACAUCUUGAUGGCUAAUUUGACCAUACAAUAACAAUUAAAUUCAUUAUAGGUGAAUGACCUUACUUACAUCUUGAUGGCUAAUUUGACCAUACAAUAACAAUUAAAUUUAUUAUAGGUGAAUGACCUUACUUACAUCUUGAUGGCUGAUUUGACCAUACAAUAACAAUUAAAUUCAUUAUAGGUGAAAGACCUUACUUACAUCUUGAUGGCUAAUUUGACCAUACAAUAACUAAUUUCAUUAUGGUUGAAAGACCUUACUUACAUCUUGAUGGGUAAUUUGACCAUACAUUAACUAAUUUCAUUAUGGUUGAAAGACCUUACUUACAUCUUGAUGGCUAAUUUGACCAUACAAUAACUAAUUUCAUUAUGGUUGAAAGACCUUACUUACAUCUUGAUGGCUAAUUUGACCAUACAAUAACUAAUUUCAUUAUGGUUGAAAGACCUUACUUACAUCUUGAUGGGUAAUUUGACCAUACAUUAACUAAUUUCAUUAUGAGUGAAAUACCUUACUUACAUCUUGAUGGCUAAUUUGACCAUACACUAACUAAUUUCAUUAUGGUUGAAAGACCUUACUUACAUCUUGAUGGCUAAUUUGACCAUACAUUAACUAAUUUCAUUAUGAGUGAAAUACCUUACUUACAUCUUGAUGGGUAAUUUGACCAUACAAUAACUAAUUUCAUUAUGAGUGAAAUACCUUACUUACAUCUUGAUGGCUAAUUUGACCAUACAUUAACUAAUUUCAUUAUGGUUGAAAUACCUUUCUUACAUCUUGAUGGCUAAUUUGACCAUACAUUAACUAAUUUCAUUAUGAGUGAAAUACCUUACUUACAUCUUGAUGGCUAAUUUGACCAUACAUUAACUAAUUUCAUUAUGAGUGAAAUACCUUACUUACAUCUUGUUUGAUAAUUUGACCAUACAUUAACUAAUUUCAUUAUGAGUGAAAUACCUUACUUACAUCUUGAUGGCUAAUUUGACAAUACAAUAACUAGCUUUAUUAUGGGUGAAAUACCUUGAAAGAAAAUAGCACUAGCAUAAACAAGAAUAAACAGCCAAAUGACAGAACUAAGACUUUCAUAUUGUGUGUAAUUUGUAUUCAGAGUGAUUCCUGUGUGAAGUUUUUACAUCAACAAUGGAGCGAUUGUCAUACUUCUAUUUGUGAAACCUUUGACUUUUUUUUUUGGAAAUUGGUUUUAACCACUGUUACCUACAGUGUAAAUAGUCCGUAUCACUUGUUGUAAAUAAGUAUUUUAACCGCUUGACCUUCAUUCUUAGGCCUAAAAAAUAAAUAUAUUUGGUUCGGGUUACCCGACCCUACCUAUGAUUUUUUGAUUGUUUUAAGUCUGUUUUUUAAUAUGUAGUUUUAAACUUUUAAAGCUUCUGUCAGAAUAUUACUUUAACACCAUUCUAAGAAGAUGAAAAUUACGUUCUUAUAUUUUGGGCCCCCCAAAAAGUAAUAAAAACCUACCUACUCUACCCUACCCUACCUGUUUUUGAAAAGAAGGUAACCCUAACCAAACUAUUUUGUUUUGGCCUUUGUUUUCUGUUGUAUGAGUUACCUAUUAUAAUUAUGGUAUGUUUAUUUUGUGAUCAUUGUAGAUAUUGGAUGUAUUUGAUAUCAUUUCCAUAGGCCUUUGAUCUCUGUUCAUUGAAUUAAUGACUAUAUAAAUAUUGUGUUUUAGUUCAAAAAUAUAUUUUUUUGUUUUUUAAGCUUAUACAUAAAUUUGUGUUUUAGUGUAACAAUUUAAAUUUGUUUUGGUUUAAUAUUUCAAAACAUAUAAUUUGUGUUUUAAUUAAACACAUAAACUUUGCUUUUAAUUUGAACAUAACAAAUUUGUGUUCAAAAUUGACACGUUAUUUUUUUGUUGAAUUUUAAAGGAGUUAGACACCAGAUGAUACAAUUGCAAGAAAAAAAGAAAAUUGUCAAAAACUUACAUUUAAUUGAUUGAUGUAUCAUAUUGCUUAUGACACAUGUAACUUUCCCAUUUUUUGCAUAUUUUUCAAAUGCGAAAUUUACUGGGUUUGUCUACCAUGUAAAUCUUUAUUAGUAUAUGUAUUUGUACUGGGAAACCAGUAUACGCUAUUUUUAACGGGUAAACUCAGCUGUGACAGAGAAAAAAUAUUAAUUAAAUCAUGUAAAAUAAUGUAUUUUAGGCCUCAUACUAGCUCAGAUUGAUAAUUCGAGUCUUGUUUUGUGGAAAUACUGUAUUUGUCGAUUUUGUGACUAUCUGGUGUCCAGCCCCUUUAACACUUUUGUGUUUUAGUUUAACAAUAUCAAUUUCGUGUUAUAGUUGAACACAUUCAUUUUGUGUUUUACAUAAACACAUUAAUUCUGUGUUUUAAUUAACACAUUCAUUUUUUGACAUUUUACACAUUAGAUUUUUCUUUGAAGUUGAAGACAUAACAUUGUGUUUAAGUUUAUCGCAUUGAUUUUGUGAUUUUUUUAGAAUCAUUGCAAUUGUUUUCUUAUUUAGUCAUAAAUGUUUUUAUAAAAGGUUUAAAAACUGUUUUGAAGGACAGGUGAACCGGUUGUCUGUUAUCAAGUGACUGUUUUGUAACAUUGAAUUCGACUUUCUAAAAUGUUAAAUUUACCAAAGUGACAUCACAAGGUUUAUAUUUUUGUUUUUUGUUUAUGAAAUUCUGUUAAUGCUUUAAACUAAACCAACGUUAGAAAAAUUGGAAAUAGAAUAUUUCACCUAUGAAAAAUUAUGGAAUAUCUAACAUCAUACCUCUAUCUACAGGUAUAUACAACGAUAUUGUAGAUACCCAAUCAUGCAUGUAUAUAAUUAAAAGCUUGACCAAUAGUAUUUCUGAUCUACUCCAAUGAUCUUUAAAUUGGAUCAAGUAAAUGGUUUGAAAGUGUUUUAUUAUGUUUAAAAAUUAUUGAUUUUAAUCUUAAACUUGCAGCACAUGUGAUAUGGCUGUCAUGGUUGAGUGCACAUCAAAUAUGACACGCCAGAGGUGUUCAUUCAAAGAUGUUGGGUAGAGUGAUUUUUGCUGUCCAAGUUGUAUAAGCAUAAUCAACCGUAAAACUGCCAGUUACAUUUUGCACAUGAUGUGUUUGAAACACCUGAUUUUCUUACAAUGUUUGAAAUGUACUUAAAAUGUUGAAUUUAUUUUAUGAUAUUUUCAAAGUUAUUAAGCUUUAGAUAUUUUGUUUAGCCUAAUAUUGAUGUAUAGUAUUUUCUUUUAUUCAAAACAAUGAAAGAGCACUAGCGAAUCCAAGUUUGGGGAAAGGCGCACCCGGCGCGCGCCUCCCAUUAGAUUAUCCAAGUUUACUUUUUAGUUCGAUAACGGAGAACAAAAGUAAUAAAAUGUUUCAAACACAUUGGGGAGUACACCCAAACCCCUCUGCCAACACAUUAUACCAAAUAAAUUUUGGUUCUGAGAGAGGGCUCAAGUAUAAAAUGUUACGCCCCUAAGUCACGCCCCCACGAACUUCAAAUUCUUGCUCCGCCUCUGAACAGGAUGCCAAACAUGAAAUUAAUUAGUCAUGGCCGUUGCUGUUUGAAUUCUUAGAACGUAGGGAUUAGUUUUUAUGCCCGUUUAAAUGUUUUUUACACUCUAAGUUUUAAAUACUUUAAUUCAACAUAACGUUUGUUGAAGCAAAUGCAAUAUUUUCUUAGAAACUCUUUUGUAGAUCUUUUUCAUUUGGCAGCUGGUAGAUUAUGCUUUGGGAUACUGUUCUAUGUAUGUGGUCUUGUUAUUGUAUGUUGUAUCUAUUACAUUUUAAUAAACACAUGUGCAUUGUUGACAUGAA